GACAGUUUCCGUAGUGGCUAAUUUAAGAAUAAUCAUUACUGACACAUUCAGGCUUCCGUACUCAAAGAAACGUAAAUUAGGAAAUCUACUUUACCGAUAAUUGACAUUAGCAUUUUAUAAACGAAAUUAUCAAAAAAAGAAAAAAAGUUAUGCAAAAAUUAAUGGAAUGAAAUGGAAUUACGUAAAAAUUUAUUAACAAAUCGAUUGCCCCCAUCGAUACGGGGUGUCGGUGAUAAUAAUAUGGCCACAAGUUUACAAAAGAAAACAUCUCGAAAGCAACAACAUGAUUUUAGUCCGUCAUCAUGGACCAAAUAUUUUGAUAAAUCCGAAGAUGUUGAGAUACAGAAAAAUAAAUUUCGUGUAUAUCGAAGCGGUACAGAAGGUCCAAUUUUGUUACUUUUACAUGGUGGUGGCUAUUCAGCGUUAACUUGGUCCCUGUUAAAUGAAGAGCUCAAAAGUCGUGUUGUUUGCCAAACAGUAGCGAUCGAUUUACGUGGUCAUGGGAAUACGAUCACAGAAAACGAUGAUGACCUGUCAAAGGAUACAUUAGCUGGAGAUAUUGGACAUAUUGUGGAUAAAUUGUAUGGUGAUGAGGCGCCGCCGGUUGUUUUGGUCGGUCAUAGUAUGGGAGGUGCAAUUGCUGUUCACGCUGCUAGCGGAGGACUAAUUCGAUCUUUAGCCGGUGUCUGUGUUAUUGAUGUUGUGGAAGGGACAGCAAUGCAAGCUUUAGCAAGCAUGCAAAGUUAUUUACGAGGUCGCCCGAAAAAUUUUCGAAGUAUCGAGCAUGCCAUAGAAUGGGCAUUUCGAAGUGGUCAUACAAGAAACUUAGACGCUGCGAAAAUAUCAAUGCCUGGACAACUAAAAAACUUACUCACUGGAACAAUUGCCACAAAUGAAUUGACUGAAGAAGGAAUUGCUACUGCAGAAACUUGUACAUUUUCAAAUAUCGAAACGUCGACGGUUGAUACAAUUCUCGAAGAAGAAGAUGUCGAUGAAGAGCUUGCCAAGAGCAAACUAAAAGAGAAUCAUUUUAAAAUCCCUGGACCAUCAUCACAUAACGAUGUUCAUGAUCGUCAAGCACCGAUGUAUACAUGGCGAAUUGAUUUAAGUAAAACAGAAUCACAUUGGCCGGGUUGGUUCCAAGGUUUAUCCGAUUUAUUUUUAAAUCAUAUUCAAGCGUCCAAAUUACUAUUGUUAGCUAGUAUUAAUGGUUUGGAUACGGAUUUAACUGUUGGACAAAUGCAGGGCAAAUUUCAAAUGCAAGUAUUGACACGUUGCGGUCAUGCCGUACAAGAAGACACUCCCGAUCAAGUUGCUGAUGUGUUGGCAUCAUUUUUGUUACGAAAUCGUUUAACAACCGCUCAUGGUGAUUUUAAUCUAUCAUUUCCAAGUUGUUGAAUUUCAUCUCGUAAAUCGUUGAAAUGUAAAUACUUGCGAUAUUUUACAAGUUCCAAACGUUCAACUUGAUCUAAUCGAUAAUCAAAUGUACUUAACUUAAAAGUCUGAGUCAUCAAUGAAAAUUCUUUUAGAUUGUUAAAAGUUUGAUGAUAUCGCUUCAAAAGCUCGACUUGCUUUUUCAAUAAAAGCGUUACGGAACCCUUAAAACUUUUAAUUCUGGUCUCAAAAUAUUGUUUGUUUUUGAUUUGUAAAAGAAACCGUGACUUAAUAAAGCGUAAAGAAAUAAAAUUUGGUGAUAAUUCGCUUAAAUUUUAUAGUCUUUGAUGAGUUAUUUUUUUCGAUGAAUUCGUACAGUCGAGGAAAUAAGACAUUUGAUCCAAGAACAAAACUCCAGUAGAUUUUUAUUUCCGAUUUUUCGGUUUUAUUUCCUCGAUUAGUGAUUUAAUAAAGCGUAGAGUAUUGAAAUUUGAUGAUAAUUCGUUUGAAUUUUUGAUGGUCUUUGACGAGGAUCGUAAAACGUAAAUUUUAUUGGAAUUUGUAAAAUAAAAAGUAAUCAUAAAAAGUUAAAACAUAAGCAACAACAAAAAAAUCAACUACUUUAAUUUUUAAUAAUAUUUUUUUUGAUAAUAAUUAAUUUACAAAAUAAUUAAACCAGUGUCGGAUUUAGUCUUGUGUAGUCUUUAUGGGGUCAAAAAAUUGUAUAGGGGGUCUAUGAGUACAGGAACUUUUUUUUUACUUUCUAUUAAAAAAAAAUGUUUCUGUGUUUUGAACGAUUCAGAUAAUCUUACGAUAUUUGACACCUCACAUUGGUAUCGAUUAUGCCCUAAAUCCGACACUGAAUUAAACGCUCUAGCUCUUAAUUAAUAAUUAACAAAACCAAAAUGUGUGGAUUCUUAUUGUAAGCAUUUUUAGAUUAGAAUAUUUUUUUGAACAAAAAAAAAACCUAGAUGACUCAAUAAAUAUUUUAUAAAUCAUCGUAAAAAGACUUUGUAGCCAUGCUUUUUUUUGCGGAAUGGGUUUGUACAGCUGAAUUUAGCGAGUAAGAAAAAACAAAUAAUAUUUUUAAAUUUCAUUUCAUAAGAGCUGGAAAUUUGACAGUCUGCUGUCAAGAACUUCAGUUAGUCAAGAGUCUAUUUUAAACUUAUCGGUCAAUUAAAUUUUUUCUAGGUUCUUUGAAAGAGGAAUCCCUGGCUUGAUAGAGGAAAAGUUGUUAAAUACCACUUUGACAAUUGUCCCUCAAAUAUCUAGCUAUUCUGAAAUGACUGUCAAAUACUACGUCUGAUCCUAGCAGAAUUUAGCGAAAUAUGGGUAUGGUUAAUGAUUCCGGUUUCUAGGAUUCAUUCGCAUUAAUUUUGUUAGCUUUUUUCUAUUAUGGCGCGAGUGGUAGCAACGUUUUCGACAGUUUAUUAUAAGAUGUUGGCUUAAUUUCGAAUAUUUCUUUCCUUAUUGAAAUUAGGAAGGGAUGAAGUAUGCCUUACAUUUGAGAGCGGUUGCGUUAAUUAACGAUACGAUUCGCGCUAGUAAAGCCUAAUUUCAAACACCAAAUAAAUAUCCAAAAUCCAGCCAUCUUGAAUUCAAAUUUUUCGUGAAGUUCUAGCUGUGAGUUUGCUUUUCUGAUUUGUGUAAAGAUGACGGGUAUCAAAGCGUUUUUUGUUUUUUUUUUU